UCACGUUUCAGGAACUUUGACGCAAUUUGCAAAUGGCCGUGAAAAGGAUCGAGCUCCAGGGUGUAUGAAAUACUAAAUGGUGGAGUUGUCCGUAUUAAAAACUUGUGAAUAAUUCUUGGUUCAGUGUAGUGAAGUUAAAAAAGACAAGAUGUGCCAAAAAAAUAGAAUCCUGUUGUAAUAGUGGUAUUCGAAUCGCCACAGGACUGCUGCUGGAAUAGUCGACGAGAUAUUGCUGGUUGAAGGCAGUUGUGUGUGGUGAUCGCGCGGCUGUGGUCUCGUGGUGUGGUGUGAGCGGCGGCGCGUGUGGCAACGCGUGUAGCAACCGGAGUGUGGUAUAGCGCACAGCAGCCAUGAACGAACUGGACAGCCUGCGCCAGGAGGCGGAGACCCUUAAGAAUGCGAUACGAGAUGCGCGGAAAGCGGCGUGUGACACCUCGCUCGCGCAGGCGACGGCCAACCUGGAGCCCAUUGGGCGUAUCCAAAUGCGCACGCGGCGCACUCUGCGCGGCCACCUCGCUAAGAUAUACGCCAUGCAUUGGGGCAGCGACUCCAGGAACCUGGUGUCUGCAAGCCAGGAUGGUAAGUUGAUCGUGUGGGACAGCCACACUACCAACAAGGUGCAUGCCAUUCCGCUGCGCUCCUCCUGGGUGAUGACCUGCGCCUACGCACCUUCCGGCUCCUACGUCGCCUGCGGUGGGCUCGAUAACAUCUGCUCCAUCUAUAGCUUGAAGACUCGCGAGGGCAAUGUGCGUGUGUCUCGUGAGCUUCCCGGUCACUCGGGAUACCUCUCCUGCUGCCGCUUCCUCGAUGACAACCAGAUCCUCACCAGCUCCGGUGAUAUGACAUGUGCGCUGUGGGACAUAGAGACAGGUCAGCAGUGCGGUCAGUUCACCGGUCACACCGGUGAUGUGAUGUCACUGUCGCUGGCUCCGGACCAGCGCGCCUUCGUAUCUGGAGCCUGUGACGCCUCCGCCAAGCUGUGGGAUGUACGCGACUGUCAAUGCAAGCAGACCUUCCCCGGACACGAGAGUGACAUCAACGCUGUCACGUUCUUCCCGUCCGGGUUCGCGUUCGCUACCGGUUCUGAUGAUGCGACAUGCCGCAUGUUCGACAUCCGCGCAGACCAGGAGCUGGCGAUGUACUCUCACGACAACAUCAUCUGCGGCAUCACCUCCGUCGCCUUCAGCAAGUCGGGACGUCUGCUGCUCGCUGGAUACGAUGACUUCAACUGUAACGUCUGGGACUCUAUGAAGAGCGAGCGCGCAGGUAUUUUGGCCGGACACGACAACCGUGUGUCCUGUCUGGGCGUCACCGAGAACGGUAUGGCGGUGGCCACCGGCUCCUGGGACUCCUUCCUCCGCAUCUGGAACUAAACCCACACCCCCCCACACCCCGCGCCCCGCACACACGCAACACUCGCGCAUGUUAAUAUCCAAUAUGGCGUCGCACUAUCUUAUUUAAAUCCGACGCCAUCGCGCGUUUUGUUAUACAUUUUGAUGAUUAUUUAAGCGGUGUGCUUGCGGGACGUAUAAAUGCUUUAUCCUAUGUGAAUAUUUUUGUUCCGUUACCACUCACUUACUAUAUUUCCGAUAUUUUAUAAUUGCUUUUCGAAUUAAUUUGACGAAGCAAUUGUUUGUAUCGGGGAGCGAAUGUUUUGUAUGUCUGCUUGUUUCCGAUUUGUAUCCGAUGAGGGAACAUAAGAUCCCGGACACAAUACUAUGAACUUUCGCUUUAUUUAUUUUAAUAUAGUUGAUAAUCUCUUAAAAUGGAAGCAUUUAGUACCAGUAAGUGAGAUAGUGUGAGUGGUUGUAUGUCGGUUCUUUAUAUAUAAUAUAUAUAUGUAAUUAUAAUAUACGUGUUAAAUUUAAUUAUGAUUAGCGUUAGCACUGGAGGCUUCUCCGCGAGCUGCCGAUAUGUUUCUGUUAUUUGAUGAGCACUGCGCACUUCAGACUAUAUCUAAAAUUUAAACUAAAAAAAAAAAAACUAAAGAACCAAAUAUUAUGAUUAAUGUAUUACCUACAUGUAAUUUAUUGGAUAUGAACUUGUUUGUCUGUCUGUCUGUCUGUCACAACGUCCGCGACGUACUGAAGGGCUGAUUUAUGAAUUUAUUUUGUAAUUAUAUACAAUAAUACAUACAAAUUGACAAGCUGAUGAUGAAUUU